AUGAAAACAAUUCUUCCUCCAGAAAAUCAAAUUAACAAAAGAGAUAUUGUCCCCGAUAAAAACUUCCCUAAAUACGUUCUAAUACCAGUCGCCAUUCUUCAUUCUGAACUGUAUUGGGUCUGUUCCGUUCUUUAUUACAUGUUUCGAGAAUCUGGAUUGGUUGCAAAUCAAAAAACAUUACCGAGUCGAAAUAGAGUCAAAGUAAAGUCUUUAAUUCCUCUGAAACCACAUCUUGACGUUUUAGUGGAAGAUAAACAACAAGAGGAGCAAGAGGAACAAGAGGAACAAGAGGAAAAAGACCAAGAACAUACCGACCAUGGCAUUCGUGCUCGACCAACCAUUCAUGAUGAACUGCUUGGAAAAACAUGUCCUCCUCUAUGGUGGCAAAAGACUCGAGUCAAACUAGGGCGUCCAGCUGUUCGAGGUGAUCAUAAACCUGGUUCUAAAUCAGAAUCCUCUACUACCUCCUCCUCCUCCUCCUCCUCCACAUCCUCUUCUCCAAACGAACAAAAAUCAAGAAAUAGAUCAAAUACAGUUAAAAGCGACCAGAGCUUAACAUCAACAGCAGAUUCAAUCAUACCGUUGUCGAGUAACAGUUCUGUAUCAUCACUCUCGCUUGAUUCGAUUUCACCUACCGAUUCCAUUCAUUCAUUACAAAGCGAACACUUUGAAGCAUUUGAUCCACAAAGCAGUUAUAUACCCAAGCGCCAUCGCAAACACAGACUAUUACAUAAACUCAAUGCUGCUUUACAAAAUAUCCACCAUCAUAAGAAAUGA